AUGGCUUAUCUUGUUUUAUUAGAACAAUUAACAAGAAAAAAACUCUUGAUUUUUCUUGUUUGUUUAAUAAUUAUUCAAAUAAUUUAUUUUCUUGUUGGUGGCCUUAUUGCAACAAAACCAACACAUGCUGCUAAUCAUGAAUUUUCUGUAUGUCAAACGAAACGAAAUACUCCAUGGAUCUAUCAUCGUGAAAAAGGAAAUUGUCACGAAGAUCAACCAAGAUUGGGAUCUGGAAAAUCUUGGAAAGAUUUUGUUUAUGUUAUACAAUUACCACCUAUUACACGUUGGUUUCAAACAUUAACAUCAAUUAUUGUACCACAUCUUGAAUAUGAUCCAAAAAUUAAUUUAAGUUCAAAUGCUGUUUUAACAUAUGAUGUUCGUCUAGGUUAUAAAACUGAUGAAAUGUAUGAAGAUAUAAAUUCUGAAUGGAAAUUAGAAGCACAAUCGCGAGAAUCUCGUUUCAUUCAAUGUGAACCAAUAUAUUCUUUACCUGAACAUAAAAUUAAAAAUAUACCUGAUGCAUAUUCAUGUGAACCAUUAGCUUUUCUUGAAUUAUCAACAUUGAAAUAUCCUCAUUAUUUAAUUAAUUUACAAAUAGUUGAUGAAAAUGGACUUUCACAAAAUAUUGGUAAACUUACAACAUUUGAAUUUGUUGGUAUUUAUCAAAUGGAAAAUUUUACUAAAGUAUGGUAUACAUUAAAAACAAUAACAUUUCCAAUUAUUCUUCUUGCACUUAUUUGGUUUUGUCGACAAAUGAAACGUUCACAAAAACCAUAUACAAAUCUUGACAAAUUAUUAUUCUUACUUGGUCUCUCAGCAUGUAUACUCAAUGCACCUGUAGAAUGGUUGACGCUUAUUAUGCCUUUCAAUGGUUUUCAAAUCUAUAGUGAAAUUCGUCAAGGAUUUUUCUUAACAGUUCUAUUAACAUUCUGGUUAUUUUUUGCUGGUGAACAUAGUGUUGAUAAAAAUAUAAAUUAUAGUUUUUGGUCAUAUGGAAAAUAUCUUGGUUUACUUUGGUUUGCUUCAAGUAUUUUACUUAUAUUUGCACUGUGUCAAAGAGGAUUUCAACUUUGGAAUCCAUUUCAUUCAAUUUGGUCCACAGCAGCUGGUCGUAAUGCUAGUUUAACAUUUCUUGUACUUGCUGGUUUAUCGAGUUUUGUCUAUAUUCUUUGUCUUCUUGUACUUGUUAUACGAGUUUUUUGGAAUAUUCGAAGUAAACAAGGUGAACUAGCAGCUAUGCGUCGUAUUCGACGUUUAAUGUAUCAGGGAGCAUUCUAUCGAUUUCAAUUUUUAUUAUUAUCUACACUUCUAUGUGCUAUACUUACAAUUGUCUGGUAUUGUUUAAGUCAAAUUUAUGAAACAGAAUGGGUUUGGGAUACAGAAAAACGUCCUAAAAUUCAUUAUUCAGGAGCAUUUAUAACAGGAAUUUAUGGUAUGUUAAAUAUAUAUGUCUUUGCUGUUUUGAUACUUUUCUCACCAGUUAUCUCAAAUGUUGAUGACAUGGAUGCAUUAACCAAUGAUGAUGGAAAUACUAUUCAUUUGACAAAUAAUCAAACAUCAGCUUAUGAAAUGAUAACUAAAGCGGCUAUUAGUUAA